AUGCCCAAAUGUUCCCUCACUGCUGCCUCUGGAGCUGCAGCGAGAGGCAGCGAGGAGCCCGGCCCCGGCAGCGCCCCGAGCUUCCGCAGCCCCCGGCGCUCUCCUGCACCCCCGGAUUCCCUUAGCGCAAGGCCAGCGCGGAGGAAAACCCAGCGCGGGGGAAACACCAGAGUGGGUGAAAAGCGGCCCGGCCCUGCCCGUGCCAGGCUGCGUGUCCCAGCUCCGUGUGCUGCUGGAGCCCCCCGGGCUGUGCCUGGCACCAUGGUGGGGCAGACUGCGGAGCCCAGGGCCGCCGUGCUCCUGCAGCCCUUCGUGCACCAGGUGGGCGGCCACAGCAGCAUGCUGACCUACGACGAGCACACCGUCUGCAAGCCCCUGGUGUCGCAGGAGCUGAGCUUCUACGAGUCCCUGCCCCUGGCCAUGAGGCAGUUCACGCCUCAGUACAAAGGCAUCGUGUCCGUGCACCUCAAGAAGGACAGCCUGGGCAACCUGACCCUGAUUGCGAGCCCUGGCCUGGGCCAGCCGGACGGCUGCGGCCGCCUGGACAGCGCCGGCGGCGACCCCGCCGUCACCCUGUGGCACAGGUGCAAGUGGAGCCACACCCAGGUCACCAAGACCUUCAAAGACAGCUGCCCUGGGAAGAUGCUUUUGAGGACAGACCUUCAGUACCACACAGAUUCCCUUCUGGAAGAUGCAAAUGGGAAGCAGGCAGAAAGGAAGAGCUACAACCCCUGGGGACUGCACUGUCACCGGCAGCACCUGAACCGCAUGUCCUCCAAGCACAAUGAGAACAAACUUCAUCAGUUUCUCCUGCUGGAGAACGUGGUGUCCAAGUACAGCUAUCCCUGCAUCCUGGACCUGAAGAUGGGCACUCGGCAGCACGGGGAUGACGCCUCGGAGGAGAAGAAAGCCCGGCACAUCAAGAAGUGUGAGCAGAGCACCUCGGCGUCGCUGGGCGUGCGCAUCUGUGGGAUGCAGGUUUACCAGGCAGACACGGGUCAUUUCUUGUGCAAAGACAAAUACUACGGGAGGAAGCUGUCUGCGGAGGGGUUCCGGCAGACGCUGCGGCAGUUCCUGUGCAACGGGAACCAGCUGAGGACCGACCUGCUGGAGCCCAUCAUCCUGCGCCUCAAGGCCCUGCUGGCGGUGAUCAGGAAGCAAAGCUCCUACAGGUUCUACUCCAGCUCCCUCCUCAUCAUUUACGACGGGCAGGAGCACAAGGAGAGCGCGGAUCAACACCUCUCCUUCCCAAAAACUCAGGGCACGAACCCCUCCAGGGUGGAUGUGAGGAUGAUAGACUUUGCCCACACCACCUUCAAAGGCUCCAAAAGCAACCCCAACCCCACCCCGCAUGAUGGGCCGGACCAUGGCUACAUUUUUGGCUUGGAGAACCUCAUCAAAAUCCUUCAGAACCUGUUGGAAGGGAAGUGAGAAUUUCUGUGAAAUGGCCUGGAUUUCCUAAUGACUGAUAGCCCUGAAAAUCCCACCUGGGAUCGGCUGUGUGGGACCCUCCGGCCGCUGGAUGUGGCACAGAAAAAUCGGGAAGUGCUGAAAACUCUCCAUGUGUUGUCACUGAACUGAAGCGUGGAAAGCAGAGAGCUGGAAGAAUCUGCUCUCUCUGCCAUCCAGCAGAAGAUUUAUUUUGCUUUCUGGUUUUACUGCUGUCCUUGAUUUAUUUGUGAGCCAAAGAAAGCAUUGCUUGGGAAGAGUCUUAAUGAUAAACCAGGAGAUGCUCGCCCCACAGUUGAGCGGGAGGAGGGGGUUUGAGGCAGGAAUGAACAGAUGGAGCUUCCCUUUGGAGCUUCCCUUCCUGCUCCUGCUCAGGUGGGAGGGAAAAACACCCUCCAACAUUCCCAGUGCCCUGCUCGGGAUUCUCUGUGCACGUGUUCAGAGCAAGAGCCGCACCUCACCGAGCUUUAACAUCCCUGUGGGGUUAUAACAGGGAAUUUUCCACAGAUUUUCUAGGAGAGAGGCUCCACUGGACUGGAAGUGUGGGAAUGAGAUGACUCUGUCAGGUAUCAGCCACAAAAAGCAUUCACAUCAAGGGAUUUUUGC